AUGAAGUUCCAGGCUUCGUUCGUGACCCUUUUGGUCAUCGUCAGCGCCGCCAUCUCGGUCGCUGACGCCAAGGCCCCUAACAUGGCCAAGCGUCCUUCCAGCCUUAACCGACGUGACGAGCAGGCUGCUCUUCAGAAGCGUGGUUUCGGCUUCGCCAACCGCUUCUGGCGCCGUGAUGGUGCCUACGACCCUGCUGAAAAUAAGGAUGCCGACACUGCCGGCGAUGAUGGCGACAUUACCAAGCCUUCAGGUGUUGAUACCAAAGAAGCUACUGAACCUCAGGACUACUCGAACAGCGGCGGUAAGGAUGCCGACAAGGGCAAACCCGAGGGUUACGGUGGUUACGGAGGCACUGGAGACAACGGCCAAAAGCCCGAGGGUUACGGUGGUUACGGAGGCACUGGAGACAACGGCCAAAAGCCCGAGGGUUACGGUGGUUACGGAGGCACUGGAGACAACGGCCAAAAGCCCGAGGGUUACGGUGGUUACGGAGGCACUGGAGACAACGGCCAAAAGCCCGAGGGUUACGGUGGUUACGGAGGCACUGGAGACAACGGCCAAAAGCCCGAGGGUUACGGUAGUUCCCCUGGGGGUCAGCAGGACCAGCAGCAGCAGAAGGAUCAGGAGCGUCAGCAGAAGGAUCAGCAGAAGCAGCAAGAGCAGGAGCAGCAACGUCAGCAGGAGGAACAGCAACGUCUGCAGAAGGAGCAGCAACGUCAGCAGAAGGAGCAGCAACGUCAGCAGGAGGAGCAGCAACGUCAGCAGCAGCAACAGCAGCAGCAGCAGCAGCAGCAGCAGCAGCAGCAACAGCAGCAGCAGCAGCAGCAGCAGCAGCAGCAGCAACAGCAGCAACCGCAGGAUGGAGGUCAGUCCUCCUACGGACAGAACGGUGAUCAGGUUCAGGCUCCCGACAACUGCCCCCAGUUCCCCUUACAGGCUGGCGGUGAUGCCGCCCAGGCCCCUUGCUUCGCCAAGAAUGCUGACCGAAAGCAAAUCUGCUCUGCUUUGAAGCAGUUCGGUAUUGACACCAAGGCUGUCCAGUGUACUGACGACGAGUGCAGCGAGGACUCCAAGGACUUCUCCGACCACGCCUGCAACAAGAAGGGGCAGUGCGACAUUGGCUUGGACAACAGCUGCACUUUCUACCAGAACAUGGGUUUCAGCAACCUUCACAAGUUCGGUUGCGAUGCCAACUCUGGUUCCAAGGGUCCCGGUAACAAUGGUCAGCAUGGUGAUAACCAGGCUAAUCCUGGCUACGGAGGUCAGACUGGCAGUGACAGCCCCUAUGGUGACCACGACGCCGGCGACGACGACGAGUGCGAGGAGGAGGGUGACAACGACGAGUACGGUGCCGGCAACGAGACUCGUCCUGGUGAGGACGACAACCCCUAUGACAACAACCCUGGCAGUAAGGUUAGUCCUCAGGAAGAAGGCUCUACCGGCACCAACAACGAGACUCCUGGUCACGACGACGAGACUCCUGGUCACGACGAGACUCCUGGUCACGACGAGACUCCUGGUCACGACGAGACUCCUGGUCACGACGAGACUCCUGGUCACGACGAGACUCCUGGUCACGACGACGAGACUCCUGGUUACGACGACGAGACUCCUGGUCACGACGAGACUCCUGGUCACGACGAGACUCCUGGUCACGACGAGACUCCUGGUCACGACGACGAGACUCCUGGUCACGACGACAACACCUAUGACAAUGACACUGGCAGAUCCUCUGGUGCUGGGGGCAAAGACUCUACUGAAGACUGCGAGAAGGACAAGAAGCCUGUCAUUGAUGGCAACGCGGCCAACCUUUACGGCAAGGACGAUGGCACUGACAAGACGGGCGACGACGGCCCCACUGGCUACGGGACCAAGCCUUACGGCGAGAACCAUGACGCUGACAAGACGGGCGACGACGGCCCCACUGGCUACGGGUCCAAGCCUUACGGCGAGAACCAUGACGCUGACAAGACGGGCGACGACGGCCCCACUGGCUACGGGACCAAGCCUUACGGCGAGAACCAUGACGCUGACAAGACGGGCGACGACGGCUCCACUGGCUACGGGGCCAACUCUUACGGCAAGGACGAUGGCACUUACACCACGGACGAGGACAACUCCACUGGCGGCAAGAAGUCUACCGUUGACUCGCAGGAUGCCAAGAGUGACAGGCCAAACGAUCGCCGCCGCCGCCGUUAA